AGGAAAACGAGGAAGAACAGUUAAGUGACAUUAUCUGCCGCAUCCGAACAUUUUUAUGUAUAUGGGCGUGUACCUCUGUGCACAAUGCGAGGUUAGUACUUAGGAGAAUCCCCCUAUGGUUAGUUCGAACGUGCUUAGCUGUCUCGACUAUCCAGCAUGGUACACGUAUAACCAUGCCAGUAUUUCAUAUCAAUCCCCACAACCUCAAAACGUCUAUUGUUACUCCACCGUUUUUACACCGUUUUCAGAAACCCUUGUUAGAGGAGUGCUUGCAGAACGUUGAGAAAGAACGAGCGCCAUGCGGCGUUUACUUGUAGUCCUUCUGCUCGACUGCUGCACCUCGCUAGCUGUCGCUGAGUUCGGAGCGAGCAACUUGAAAGGCCUUGUGACCAUCCGAUCGGAUAGCGACAGCGCAAGCUUCUCUGCUGACCAGAGUGAAGACAGUGACGACAGUGUGGAUAAUGAAGUUCAAAUGCCGAUGGAGCCUUGCUUUCUCACCCAAACGUGCCAGUUGAGUGGCAAUGCCUUUCGAGAUGGCCAACCAAUCGAAUUCGAGCUGAUUCAAAUGGCUUUCAAUGCACUACCUGAAACUAAUUUGCUCUUAAACAGUGCGAAUACAAUCCUGGAUCAGCAAGAUGCUGUGCUGAAUACGGGUGUUUUGGCCAGCGACGUUGAUUGCUUCAUGUCGCAGGAUAUGCAGUCACCGUUUGCCGCACUAGCCAAGAAAAGUCUCGGAUUCUCUGUCGUUCGGAGAAGUGGGUCUCUGUUCACCUACACCUACACAAAUCUACCGUCUUCGUUCGGAACACUCAGAGUGAUAAUCGGAUUUCCACCUCGUAUUGGAGGCGAUCAACCUAUCCUCAUCGAGUUCCUGUCGGUACAGGGUGAAUUCCGUCGAUUCUCUCUCCAUCAUAUUGGGCAGGUUUGCACACUGGAUGAGCCCCUGGUUUGUGGUGGAGCUGAGCCGACGGAUUUACCCUUUGGGCCACCCAGAUUACCACCUGCUCAGGCUCGUGAUCUAAAUGCUGUUACGACGGCUAUUCAGAAUGGUCUCUGCCCGACGACUUAGCCGUUUACAAUCAUCCUACAUUGGUCUGGCACAUCGGCUACACUAGCUGACUUUAACUUACAUAAUAACUGUAGUCACAGAUACGGGACAGAUACGGGACAGAUACGGGAUAGCUCCAGGCGUGACACAAACACACAAACAAACAAACAAAUACCAAAUUAAAGCUUAAAUAAUAAUUGAUUCCUGUCCUUCAGUUUCUGUAAGUGAGAACCGACGAAAAAACAAUCUAUUUACUCACAGAAAGGAUGUCAUCUUCUACCAGUGUUGCCUACUUUGCACUUCUAAGCUAUAUCUUUCGCUGUUGGCUUUCGUCUUUUCAAUUUCAUUUCCGCAACUUAAUAGUGGUAUUGACAUAUCCGCGGCAAGCCGCUUAUGUACAACGGCAUUGGAGAGGUUAUUAGGGAGGUUUCGCUCUGCGAAAUUACGUAUGAAAUGUUUUUUUUUUUAAAGGUUCCACGCCUCUUGUACGGGCAAAAUAAACUCAAGUGCAAGGUCAA